GCGACUUUGUGGGGCAGCCUGGGCCUUGGCGGCCGCUCGGGCGAGCGCAGGAGAACGCAGGGGCGCCCGCCGGGCGGUCCGGAGCGGCCGAUGGGGCCCGUGUGAGCGCGCCCAGGCCCGGCCCGGUGCCCGGCGGGCGGCAGCAUGUCCGCGGGCGGCAGCGCCAGGAAGAGCACCGGGAGGUCCUCCUACUACUACCGGCUGCUGAGGCGGCCCCGGUUGCAGCGACAGAGGAGCCGCUCCCGCAGCCGGACCCGGCCUGCCAGGGAGUCGCCUCAAGAAAGGCCGGGCUCUCGGCGCAGCCUGCCCGGCAGCCUCUCCGAGAAGAGCCCCAGCAUGGAGCCCUCGGCUGCCACACCGUUCCGGGUCACGGGCUUCCUCAGCCGCCGCCUCAAGGGCUCCAUCAAGCGCACCAAGAGCCAGCCCAAGCUGGACCGCAACCACAGCUUCCGCCACAUCCUGCCGGGGUUCCGGAGCGCCGCCGCCGCCGCAGCGGACAAUGAGAGGUCCCAUCUGAUGCCAAGGCUGAAGGAGUCUCGCUCCCACGAGUCCCUGCUCAGCCCCAGCAGUGCAGUGGAGGCGCUGGACCUCAGCAUGGAGGAAGAGGUGGUCAUCAAACCCGUGCACAGCAGCAUCCUUGGCCAGGACUACUGCUUCGAGGUGACGACGUCAUCAGGAAGCAAGUGCUUUUCCUGCCGUUCUGCAGCUGAGCGGGAUAAGUGGAUGGAGAACCUGCGGCGAGCAGUGCACCCCAACAAGGACAACAGCCGGCGUGUGGAACACAUCCUGAAGCUGUGGGUGAUUGAGGCCAAGGACCUGCCAGCCAAGAAGAAGUACCUGUGUGAGCUGUGCCUGGAUGAUGUGCUCUACGCCCGCACCACGGGCAAGCUCAAGACGGACAAUGUGUUCUGGGGCGAGCACUUCGAGUUCCACAACCUGCCGCCCCUGCGCACAGUCACUGUCCACCUGUACCGGGAGACCGACAAGAAGAAGAAGAAGGAGCGCAACAGUUACCUGGGCCUGGUGAGCCUGCCCGCUGCCUCGGUGGCCGGGCGGCAGUUCGUGGAGAAGUGGUACCCGGUGGUGACGCCCAACCCCAAGGGUGGCAAGGGUCCUGGGCCCAUGAUCCGCAUCAAGGCACGCUACCAAACCAUCACCAUCCUGCCCAUGGAGAUGUACAAAGAGUUCGCUGAGCACAUCACCAACCACUACCUGGGGCUGUGUGCAGCCCUCGAGCCCAUCCUCAGUGCCAAGACCAAGGAGGAGAUGGCAUCUGCCCUGGUGCACAUCCUGCAGAGCACGGGCAAGGUGAAGGACUUCCUGACAGACCUGAUGAUGUCAGAGGUGGACCGCUGCGGGGACAACGAGCACCUCAUCUUCCGGGAGAACACACUGGCCACCAAGGCCAUCGAGGAGUACCUCAAGCUAGUGGGCCAGAAGUACCUGCAGGACGCCCUAGGUGAGUUCAUCAAAGCACUGUACGAGUCAGAUGAGAACUGCGAGGUGGAUCCCAGCAAGUGCUCAGCCGCUGACCUCCCAGAGCACCAGGGCAACCUCAAGAUGUGCUGCGAGCUGGCCUUCUGCAAGAUCAUCAACUCCUACUGCGUCUUCCCACGGGAGUUGAAAGAGGUGUUUGCCUCGUGGAGGCAGGAGUGCAGCAGCCGCGGCCGGCCGGACAUCAGUGAGCGGCUCAUCAGCGCCUCCCUCUUCCUGCGCUUCCUCUGCCCAGCCAUCAUGUCGCCCUCACUCUUCAACCUGCUGCAGGAGUACCCCGAUGACCGCACUGCCCGCACCCUCACCCUCAUCGCCAAGGUCACCCAGAACCUGGCCAACUUUGCCAAAUUCGGCAGCAAGGAGGAGUACAUGUCCUUCAUGAACCAGUUCCUAGAGCAUGAGUGGACCAACAUGCAGCGCUUCCUGCUGGAGAUCUCCAACCCCGAGACCCUCUCCAACACAGCUGGCUUCGAGGGCUACAUCGACUUGGGCCGCGAGCUCUCCAGCCUGCACUCACUGCUCUGGGAGGCCAUCAGCCAGCUGGAGCAGAGCAUAGUGUCCAAACUGGGACCCCUGCCUCGGAUCCUGAGGGAUGUCCACACAGCGCUGAGCACCCCAGGUAGUGGGCAGCUGCCAGGGACCAACGACCUGGCCUCCACACCGGGCUCUGGCAGCAGCAGCAUCUCAGCUGGGCUGCAGAAGAUGGUGAUCGAGAAUGAUCUUUCCGGGUCCUCCGGGGUCCAGCCCUCACCUGCCCGCAGCUCGAGUUACUCGGAAGCCAACGAGCCUGAUCUUCAGAUGGCCAACGGUGGCAAGAGCCUCUCCAUGGUGGACCUCCAGGAUGCCCGUGCGCUGGAUGGGGAGGCAGGCUCCCCAGUGGGCCCCGAUGUCCUCCCCACAGAUGGGCAGGCCCCUGCAGCUCAGCUGGUGGCCGGGUGGCCAGCCCGGGCAACCCCAGUGAGCCUGGCAGGGCUGGCCACGGUGCGGCGGGCAGGCCAGACACCAACCACACCAGGCACCUCCGAGGGCGCGCCAGGCCGGCCCCAGCUGUUGGCACCGCUCUCCUUCCAGAACCCUGUGUACCAGAUGGCGGCUGGCCUGCCGCUGUCACCCCGCGGCCUUGGCGACUCAGGCUCUGAGGGCCACAGCUCCCUGAGCUCACACAGCAACAGCGAGGAAUUGGCGGCCGCUGCCAAGCUGGGAAGUUUCAGCACUGCCGCGGAGGAGCUGGCUCGGCGGCCCGGUGAGCUGGCACGGCGACAGAUGUCACUGACUGAAAAAGGCGGGCAGCCCACGGUGCCACGGCAGAACAGUGCUGGCCCCCAGAGGAGGAUCGACCAGCCUCCGCCCCCACCCCCGCCGCCACCUCCUGCCCCCCGCGGCCGGACGCCCCCCAACCUGCUGGGCACCCUGCAGUACCCAAGACCCUCAAGCGGAACCCUGGCGUCGGCCUCACCUGAUUGGGCAGGCCCCAGUACCCGCCUGAGGCAGCAGUCCUCUUCCUCCAAGGGGGACAGCCCAGAACUGAAGCCACGGUCAGUGCACAAGCAGGGCCCUUCACCCGUGAGCCCCAAUGCCCUGGACCGCACAGCCGCUUGGCUCUUGACCAUGAACGCGCAGUUGUUAGAAGACGAGGGCCUGGGCCCAGACCCCCCCCACAGGGAUAGGCUAAGGAGUAAGGACGAGCUCAGCCAAGCAGAAAAGGACCUGGCGGUGCUGCAGGACAAGCUGCGAAUCUCCACCAAGAAGCUGGAGGAGUAUGAGACCCUGUUCAAGUGCCAGGAGGAGACGACGCAGAAGCUGGUGCUGGAGUACCAGGCACGGCUGGAGGAGGGCGAGGAGCGGCUGCGGCGGCAGCAGGAGGACAAGGACAUCCAGAUGAAGGGCAUCAUCAGCAGAUUGAUGUCCGUGGAGGAAGAACUGAAGAAGGACCAUGCAGAGAUGCAAGCAGCUGUGGACUCCAAACAGAAGAUCAUUGAUGCCCAGGAGAAGCGCAUUGCCUCGCUGGAUGCCGCCAAUGCCCGCCUCAUGAGCGCCCUGACCCAGCUGAAAGAGAGGUACAGCAUGCAAGCCCGUAACGGCAUCUCCCCCACCAACCCCACCAAAUUGCAGAUUACUGAGAACGGCGAGUUCAGAAACAGCAGCAAUUGUUAACCUGCCUGAGGAGGGAGGAAGCUACCCAAGGAGAGGGGGACUAUGGUGGCCAAGGGCAGGGUUUCGGCCUGGGGAGGCACCCACGGUUGCAGCCCCAGCGCAGGUGUCAGGGGACCGAGUCUCCCCUCCCCGCCGCUGUCCAGGAGGUGGCCGCAGAGGGAGCCGCCAGAGACUGAAGCAGCGUGAGGCGAGGUCACCAGCCGCUCCCUGUGGGGUGCGGGCAGAAGAGACUGCACGCUGGGGAGUGGGGACAGCCUGGUGGGGCAGGGGGCCUGCCAAAAAUAUGUCUGUUGGUUCCUGAAUGUGGCGUGUCCUUGUCCUCCUGGAUCUGGCCGAGUGCAUGUUCCCCACAUCCGUGCCAGGGAGGGGGCUUCUUGGAGGGGGGAUUCAAGGGCUAGGGGCCUACACCUGUGGCUUCCCCUCGCCUCCUUGGGGGGCCCAGGACUCCCUGGCAGCCAAGCCCUGUCCUGUGGGACCUGGCACUUGGUGGAUUGGUUGGCAGGCAGGAAGAUAGGAGGACACAGGGCAGGAGGUCAGUGUCCCCUGCCUGUCUCCAUCCGAAGCGCCUGCCACUGCAUGCGGCCUAUUGGGACCUUCCUGGCUGUGAGGAACUGAGGAUUCCUACCCACCCACCCCCUCUGAACCUGUCCCCAGAGCGCCACCUGCCACCUUCUUCACUGCCUUAGUUGUAUUGCCAGAUAGACCCAGUGAGGGCCAUGGCUUUUUCUUGUCAGCUCUUAUCCCUGUGGGGAGGACCCACAGCUUCCCACACUUCCCACACAGGCCCAGGCUGAUGCUCUAGGGCUCCCAGAAGCCAAAGAUCUGGGUGGAUCUGGCCAGAUGGCUCUGAGCACUGUAUCUGCCUUCUCCUGGGGCCCAGCACACCCAGGGCACAGUGGCCCUGUAGGGAGUGCCACGUGGUGCUCACCCUGAGAAAAAAGGUGAUCCUUUCUCUGAGUGAUGGUUUAAAAAAAGAUUCUAACGCCUGCAGGCCCUGAGAAGGUGGAUAACUGUGAUUUUUUUUCCUUUCACAGUAUGCAUUAGAAACAAAAGCCCGCUUGCUCGCUUGCUGGAACACAGGGGCCUUUUAAGUUGAGCGUGCGCACUGCAUGGGAAAUAGCGGCCCUGGAGGAUGUUAGACUUGCUCCCUCUCCAAGACAGCAGCAGCCUGCACCCAGCCCCGUGUGUGCGGCCGGCCUCCUCCUCACCCUUCCCGGCCCCCGGCCAAGGACCCAGGCGCUGCAUACAGGGGAGGUGCGCACCCCACAGCUGGGGCAGGUUUUCCUCAGCUCUAGGCUGUUCCGUAGCUUAUCUGCCCCUCCCCCACUUUCAAGACAGAUGAGCAGGAGCUUGGGUCUCUCUUGGCCCCUGUCUGUUCCCAGCCCCUGCAGAUUCCGAGCAAGGGCCCUGGGUAACAAGGGUGGAAGUGGGGCCUUUGCCAGCAGAACCAAGGCAGGGUGAGCUGCAGGAACCACCCCGCUGCCCGUGCAGCUGGAAUGUGCCACAGAGGCCCCACCGGAAGGGUGGAUGUGCUGGAGAGGUGGCCCAGAGCCAUACUGUAUCCACCCUGAGCUCGGGGACAGGUGACAGCAGCUGCUCUGGGAAGGGGCUCUUAGAUGUAACCUAUAAUUCAGUUAGGCUAGAGACAGAUGCUGGUGGAGGGAGGGCUGGGCCACCAGGGGUCACAGACCACAGGAAGAUGGGAGGCAGGAGCAGAGGCCCUGCCCCCACCCCUUCCUGCCCCACUCCUCUGUCUUGUCCCCACCCGUGCGCCUUCGUGCCUGAGACCAGGGUGACCACACAGGCAGGGCCUGGCUCCAGUCUCAUCCUCCCACUGCCCAGUGAGCCCUGCCCUCCUCUCCCCAGCCCCCUCCCACCGCUGCCUCGUAGAGUGACCUCGGACAGAGCCUCCUUAGCAAUACGGGGAGGCUCCCAGGGCCUGGACAGGCGGGCUCGGAGGCCACCCGCUGUGGCCGGUGCCAGCUGCCCUUGCAGGGGUGGGUGAGCUCUCAGGCCGAGAGCCUUAUUUACCUAGUGCAAAAACUGUAAAAGUGUACAGACUCUUCACAGAUUUUUAUCUUAAUUGCAAGUCUGCCGAUUUUGUAAAUGUUCUUGGUGUUUGACUGUAAUGUAACUAUCUCACCUAAUGGUUGUACAUAUCCUUUGGUCCUGGUGCUGCCGAGGGCUGGCCGGGACUGCUGCUCUCCCAAGGGUUUUAUUUUAUUUCUGAAUCUAGAGAACAGUAUUGGGCAGGAGGAAGAGGCUUGAGGUCUGCAGGGGUUGUUUUCCCUACCUGUGGCAUUUAUGUGUUGGCUUUGCAGCUGCUGUCUGGGUAGCAGCUGCUGGGGUGCUUUCACUGGGCCAGUCAGCAGGGGCUCCUGCCUGGGCCACAGAGAACCUGAGUUCCCGGGAGCUGGGCCCUGCCUGCAGCCAGGGAUGGGAUUGCCAGAGGCCCUGGAGGGAAGGACAGUCCCUGCUGGGGAAAAACACAGCCCCGGGGUCCCCUGGUCACUGAGACUCAGCCUCUACUGGAGAAAGCCACGCCCUCCCCGCUAGCACAGAGGCCUGACUGACUUUUUUGCUUAACUUCCAUGUUCUGGGUGAUGGAAACUGCCAAACCUCAUGUCAGUGAGGACUCUUUCCAACUGCCCAGAGAGUGGGGGUGUGGAGGACCGAGGCUACAGCUCCACACACCCCGGUCCCCCAGAGCAUCUGCCCCAAGUACACCUCCCCUUGUGCCCCGCACAACUGCGGGAGCCAGACUGUCCAGGGAAACAGCCCCUCUUUUCUACACACUCAGCCACAAAGCCCCCAGCCCCCACACCGCGUCCCAGCUCCCCUCUUUUGUAAGUAUGUGAAAAGGAAAAAAUGCAAACAUUGGAGUUUGGGCUGGAGCUCCUCCCUCCAGCUGCGACUUUUAACUAUGUAAUAAUGUACAGAGGAAGCUGUUGGUGUUCUAAGACUCUGUGUGGCUGUGCAAUUUCUGUACAUUUGCAAUUAGAAAUAUUAAAGAUUUAUUUAGCUAUUUUAA